ACCCUCCUUGCCAGUACCUCGCCCAACUUCCAGCCAACCUUCUGACUUCAACUUUCCAGGUCUAGGCCUGACAACACAGCAUGUCUGACAGGCCUCGGGAAUACUCUUCGAACCGCUCACCGCGCUACUCUACUCUCAAUCGAGACGCUAGACCAUCGCGACGAUCUGAAUCUCCCCGUUCAGAGACAAGGUACAAGAGUGGGACGCGAAGUCCGUCCAUUGAUCGCAUCUCGGGCCGGCGCAAUGGCGCUCGAUUCACAAGCAGGUCUCGAUCUCGAACGCAUUCUCGGAGUCGAAGUCGGAGUCAGACUUCAAGGUUAUAUGGAAAGGAAGGUUACAGCCGGUCGCCUAGUCCCUCACUCGCCUUGCCCCGAAGCUCCAAGAUUGUUGUAGAAAGACUCACCAAAAAUGUUACCGAAUCACAUCUACAUGAGAUCUUCGGGGGGUUCGGAGAGAUACAAAAUCUCGAUUUGCCCAUGAAUAAAGCCUUCAUGACCAAUAGAGGCACUGCCUAUAUCCUAUACCAUGACCCUGCUGAUGCAGAGGCCGCCAUCGCACACAUGCACGAAGCGCAGCUAGACGGUGUCGUCAUAAGUGUGUCCAUUGUCUUGCCCAGGCGAGCGUUCUCGCGCUCGCCGCCGCCACAAAGUCAAGGCAACACAGGAAGCUUCGGCCGUCAGAGCCAGGGCCAUGGCCCUUCGCCCUUAGACACUCGUGCUUCCCGCCGUUCGCCGUUCCCGCAAAGGUCAACGUCGCCACGAAGGGCCCGGCGUUCGCGGCCUAUGGAUAGGCAUGAUAUCUAUCGGCCACGCUCUCCUUCGCGCUCUCGAUCACCACGCCGCUCCAGAUCAUAUUCCUCAAGAACUUCCUCGGUAUCACCGAAAGGACGGAUGCCACACCCACGAGUGGACACUCGUCGUCGUCGACGUCGUAGUCCCAGCUACAGCAGUUAUGAGUACAGCAGUCGCAGUGAUAAGAGCCGGAGCCCGAGUCAGACCAGAGACCGUUAUCGGCAUGAUACCACACGGUAAACUCCAAAUAAACUUACCGUCGUCUUUGAAACGAUUCACACACCAUCUGCACUCAUUACUAGAUUGUGGAUGGUCACCAAGCCAAAAUGUCAUCAUCAACUUACCCAGUGAAAUUUUCAGGCAACACAAACAGACGAGCCAGUCCUAUCAGUAAUAGCUAGAAAAAUGGGACAUUGUUUCUCAGUCCAACCACCCGUAGCCCCGUGCAUUCAUGUAUUUACUGAGAGCCGUCGAUGUACUAAUAGUAUGACAAAUCUGAGUGCAGGUCUGUCCAGUUUAAAUAAAGGAGCACCAGCCAAUAUACAU